GGGAGCACAUUUGCAAUGAGUUGUCUCCCUUGAUUAUACGCUGCAGUCGAACAUUGCACGGAUUGUUUGAAAAUAGCUGUCAGUUUCACAUUCGAUUUCAUAUAUGGAAUUCACCUAACAGAAGCAUGUCAAUCACAAUGUGGUACAUAGUAGUGGUCCUGUUGUCUACAGUUGUACAGCAUUGCCACACUGAGGUCAGGCAGGAUACAGACGACUGGAUCGAUCCAUAUGACAUGGAGAACUUCAACCUUGACACUAUGACGAUGAAGGAGAAGCAAGAGGGUGAUAAACCGAAGCCGAAAAACCCCGAUCAAGUUCAAAGACAGAUUCCAAAGAAAGAUGAAUCAGUCACCCAAAAGACGGAGUCAGAAGCAUCCAAGACAGUGGAGCAGGAUGAGCUAUCAAAGGGAGAUAGUCCUGGCACCUGCGCCCAGGCAGCUUCUCCCUGUCCAGCAUUGUUUAGGCAGUAUGUCAAGUCACUGCUGUUUCACAUCAAGGGAAAGGUUGCCUUUGGUGUGGAGGACCUGAAUAUCCGAGUGAAGAUCACAGCACCUGAGAUAGAAUACCUGGAACAGUACACCUCUUCAUCCUCGGAACAGAGCUUUCACCGAGUCCACGAGAUACUCAGCUCAAUGGUGAAGCAUGUGUUUGAGGUCUCAGACGAUGAUCCAUCCAUACGCAGAUUGUGGAUUGAGAAUGUCAUUGGGAUGCAAGUUGAGAAGUUUGUUAUGUUUGCUCUUCUGGCAGCUGCCUUGGUCACGACAAUGCUGGUCGCUGCUCGUCUACACUUUUCAUGGAAGAAGCUGUCUGUGAAACUUCUGUUUGUUUUGUUUGUCUUGAGUACAGUCUGGCAGUGGGUUGAACUUUACAAGAUAGAAGAGGCAAAGCAACACAUGGCAAUCAUGAAUGAAAUGCCAGAGGGAUGUCGUAAGCGAGAGAAGAAUGAGGGCUUAAUGUCCACAGUUAUGAGAACACUCUCUUCAAGUUUUACAUUUGAGAAGGACGAUUGUUUGAAGCACUAUGAGCAUCUCCUGAUUGCCCCAUUCUGGAGAGUUGCCCCCACUCAGGCACUGUCAAGAACAUUUAUCCGUUUCUUUGUCAGCCCAUUGCAAGACAUUGGUGAGGCAUUGCGAGAAUUCUUGACAAGUUUACUGAAAGGUCUUCCAGUUCAGCUUUGGCCGGUGGCUUUAGGUGGAGUGGCCAUCUUCUUCUUCCUCUUCCUGUUCAUGUAUUUUGGCUACAGAGUCAGGCUGCCAUUUUGGCUUCUUUCCAUUGAGCCAGGACAAAGGGAGGAUAACUCUAGUGUUCACUUGGCCUUACAGGAACAAGGGAAAGAGCUGAAAGCACUGAAAGAGGCCAACAACAGUAACUUGAAGCAGAUCAUGGAUGUUUUGAAUAAAGACCACCAAGCCCUGGAGCAGCAGUUAGCCAAUCAGGAGCACAUUCUGUCUUUGCCCAGUGUAAGGAAAAUGUUGCAGGUGCCCCCUGACAAACAGGGGACAGAGGUGAGGGCAAGUCACUCGUACCCAAUGAUUGCUGGUGGUGAUAGGAAGCCAGGUCGGACAGGAGUAGAGUGUCAAGAAGAUCAAGCGUCUCGUGUGGCUGGUGGGCCUGAACCUAUGGAACAUUUUAAUCAAACUGGAGACUCUGAGAUGAAAGACGAUGUUGAUUCAAAACUGAAGCCUUCAGAUACAGAAUCAUUUGAAGAAAUCAAUAUUGACACCAUUGGUCCAAGGGAUAAUUAAUGAUCAAAGCAUCAUUAAUGACAUUGUACAUUGUACAAGUACUAAAGACUGAAUUGAUCUGACAGUCAAUUAAAUGAACUCGGGAAGCUGUCUCCUAUCAAUGAAUGGAAAUACAGAUAUCAGGCGUGAACUUGAAUAGAUGGAGCUUGAACUAGAAAACAGCUGCACCAUCAGUCAGUCCAAGAAUGGGCUCAUUGAGAGGAGUCAAAUCUCAUCUGAAAGGACUACAUCAUCAAUUAUUUGAAUAUUUUCUCCCUAUGAGUGAGCACAUUUAAAAUAAUUUUCUUAAAACACAAGUGGUAAUACCGUUUUUGGUACUGGCACUUUUGUUUUAACCAAGAAAACAAUUAUAAAGUAGAACUGCCUUGUGGGGAUUCCUAUGUGGAACUGGUCCCCAGUAACCUAUGCUUGUUGUGAGACUAAACACAUCAGAUGGUCAGGCUCGGUGACUUGGCUGAUUGCAUGCAUGUCAUCUAUCCGAAUUGCAUGGGUUUGUGCUCAUCAUGUGAAUCACUGGAAUGUCUGGCCCAGACUCAAAUAUUAACAGGCCACUAUCGUAUAGCUGUAAUAGUGCUGAAUGCGGGGCUAAAAAAAGUUCGGAAAAUGGAAGGGUGUUCAGGCCUGGUCAUUGUGCUUUGACAGAUUGGAUCAUUGCUAAUGGUUUCAGUCGGUGGUUUAGACUAAGCUACAAACUGAUACUGCUGGCAUAUUGCUGAGUGUCAAACAACAUAUUCACUCAUUUUUAAAAAACAAACAAAAAAACUUCAGUGAUUACUUUGAGCAUUGCUGGUUUGGUUAAAGAAAGAAGAAAUUACUUCAGAAAAAGAGAGAAUUAAAAGCAAAACAAAGACUUUGAUAGAAUUUCACAAUGUGCAAUACCGAGGCAUCAGAUCUGUGAGUCAAGAAAAGUAACACUAAAAAAACCUUAAGAAUGUGGAUAUUUAGUUUGCCCUGGUUAUGGAAUUACUGGACAGGACAUGUUGUGACUCAUUGCUUUAGUCAACUGUACAGUGGGAAGAGGCAGCAAUGAUGCUUCUAGUGUGUAAAUAUUCAGUUGUGUCAAUGUAAUUAAUGCUGGUUCAGUCACAAAACUGACCUUUUGUUAUGGAUGUAAACUUUUGACUCCAACUUUUAAACAAAAGUGCAGUUGACAUUACUUUGAUUGUCUUCCAAUCUGUCUGUGAUAAACACAGCUCCAGUCUAUGCAUCAACCAUAUCAUGGACUAUCACAGUGUCAUAGGGUAUAUGGUACAAAAUGCUGUCAAGAUUUGGUUAUAUUUAUAUGUAUGAACAGGCAGAUAUCAGUGAAGAAAAAAGUUGUGUUGUAACAUAUGUUACUUUUGCUGGUGCUAUACAGUAAACUACGUUUAUAAUGAACAUGCUUAUAAUGAACUGAUGGAUAUAACGAAAUUAUGUUUUGGUCCCGUCCAAUUGCUGUAUAUAUGCUGUAGAAAUGCUUAUACAUACAUACAUACAUACAUACAUACAUACAUACAUACAUACAUACAUACAUACAUACAUACAUACAUACAUACAUACAUACAUACAUACAUACAUACAUACAUACAUACAUACACGUACUAUGAAUAUGCUACCGGUAGUUGGCGACAACACACAUAGCUUAUAUAUAGCAUAUAAAUAUACAUACACACUUACUAUGAGUAUACUACUGGUAGUUGGCGACAACACACAUAUCUUGUGACCUUCUGGAACUCUUCAACACAACCAAAAUAUUAAAAAAAUAUGAAGAGUUUCCAGCAGAUCUUCAGUGUCCUGGCUCAGUGUACAAGUGUACAUUAUUGGUUUCCAAACACCCACCAAAAUUUAAUGUAUUUUGACCAAACUUGGUAUAUGCAUAGUCCAUCUUAAAAAACAUGUUAAGUUUGAUUUACAUAUGCAAUUCAAUUCUGAAGACAUGUUGAGUUCAAUAAACAAAAUCAUCAUUAGAUGCUCUUUGAUAUACUGGAAGUUUGGUAAGGCGAUUAACAAACGUUUUGUGUGGAUGAUACAAUUAAUAUUUACACAGUUGCAAUGUCAUUACCUGGCAUAGACUGCAAUGAGACAGAUAUAGCCUAUUGGGCUGAUAUGAUACUAUCAUCUCCGUGGAAGAUAAAAUACCGUAUAAAGUCUCUUAAACCUCUUUGACAACUUAUUCUUCAACAAGGCGCCAUGGAAGAUACAUUUCGAUUUUACUUUAGACUUGGAUUGUCAAAUUCAGAAAUUUUGAUGUGCCUUGCAAAUCUUAAUGGGAUUGUAAUCAGUCUAUGGACCCUCAAGAGCGUACAGAAGAGAUGCAGUUUGUUUUGAAGAUCAAGAUAUAGCAAUAUACCCAAUAUCACCCAAGAUACUAUUGGACACUUGAAUAUCUUCCUAAAGGUCCAUACAACUGCGAACGUGUCCAUGAACUCUGUGUGCUUCCUAUGGAAGAAAAUGGACGUGGUUAACCAGAAUCACCAGAGGAGGCAGUUCUUUAUGCGUGAGGAGAUACUCCAAGGCAUACAGCAACUGUUAUCAACAUUGUGAUCAAGGAAAUGAUUUUCCAGCGGCAAGUUUACUUAUUUAUAGACUCAACAGGUACAAUUUAUUUUCUUAUUACUGUUAAAUAAGGGGGGCGGUCGGUAGUCGUAGUAAAACCAUACUCACUCACUUAAUGUUUAAUAAGGAAUCCAUUUUUGCUAAAAUUGAAAACAAUAUGAGUUUUUUCUUCUUUUUGUGAGAGAAAUAUUUCCACCACAAAAACAGACAUGUUACGUGCCUUAUAACAUUUUUACUGCCAAUACGCUAUAAUCCAAGGAUGCGUUUUUUUCAGCAGUCGUUGGUCCCGUUUCAUAAAGCCAUCAUAAGCUAAGAUCGAUCUUAAAACCUGAGGUUGAGCCAGCCCUUUCCCCAGCUCCACGCUUUGAAACGGUCCGGCCAAAUAGCCUUGAGGGGUCUGGGGAAAAGGCAGAGCGAUCUCGGAUUGGUCAAGGAUAACCUUAAAACUGACGGACGUCGAUCUUAGCUCAGAUUGAUUUGUGGAACUUGACUCUGAACAAAAUAACAUUGUGUUAUAUUUUCAAAAUAAAAUAUGUUCAAUAUA